UCGAUGUAGUGUAAUAAUAUUAACUUAUUGACUCAAUUUAAAUUUAAGCGUCAAAAUACAUGGAAUUAUUAUUUUCUCUUGUUCAUAAAUUUGGAAGAAAUUUACGAAUUGAAAAUAUGAAUUAAAAAAUGAAAAUGAAAUACAAAAAAAAAAUCUUUGAAGCUAUCCUAUUAAGGUAACUUGUUCAAAUGAUGCAUAAAUCUAAGCUGGGUUAAAACACUUUCCAACUUGCCAAAUGUUUUAUUUUAUACACUUUAAUUUUCCAAUGAACAUGGAUAUGUUCCAAUUUUUUUCAAUGAGUGAAUAAUUUCAAAAAGAAAUGGAUAGACGGAAGAUAAAUCUAGCUUUUAUCCGGUUAGAACAUUUCCUAGAACAAUGUGCGAAACUGAAGAGACCAAAUCCGCCAAGUUUACCAACACCAGAAAUGGCCAAAAAUAUUCGGGACGAACUGGUAUUUCUUCUAGAUAAUGUCCAGGAAAUUACUUGUGACGAUGUGCCAUCUGUACUUAAAGUACUUACAAAUGCCAGAAAAAAUGAUAUUCCCGGUAUUCAUACAUACAGCGAGAAGGCACUAAAUGAAUUCUUGAUAGCCAGAAGUAACUUUAUUAGACGGGCAGAUAUAAAUAAUUUUAACGGAUUUGAAACAUCUAUACCUGUGAAACCAAAUCAUUUUAAACCGAACAAAGUUAGUAAAGUCACCGAAUGGCGGCAAAAGGAAGAAAGAGAUAGAAUGGAAACAAAGUUGAACAACAACCCAAACAUUGCAGAUCUCAGCGAUAUGAACAGACCUACAAAGGUGGCUGAAAAGUUUAACAGUUUAUAUGACAACCAAUGGACAGAUGCCUUUGAAGAUCUGAGAAGACUUUACAAGCAUGAAAUAAACGGUCAAGAAAGAGCCAUUUUAGAAAUGUCCAUUAUCUUAAAGAGGGCAUUUGAAUAUACACAGGAAACUGCAGAAAAACAAACUCGUAAAAUAGCCAUGUCCAUGAAAGAACUGAUGAUUAGUCCAAAUGGUGAUUCAUUCAUGAACAGCGAACUUGACAGUCAGCAUAAACAUGUUGAUAUUGAUCCUCUGUGUGAGGUUCGUUUUCCAAGAUAUGCAAAGCAGUGUAUAAAAGAAAAUGCAGAAUUAAGUCUGCCAGUAUUACAUAAGAAUUUCGAAUGGCAACUUCGCCGGGAGCGAAUUAGAGAUAUCCUUACAAUUCCAAGUGUUAAAUCCUACAGCCAAAAAUGUUUGCAGAUAGCAUGGUUUAUGAACGUGCAAGAUCCACCCAUGAGCCUUUUAUGGCCAGCUGAUGUCAGAAGAGGUGAUAUAACAACAUCUUUUAGAUUCUUUACGAGAAGUGGAACGAUUUUACACCAUGAGGUAUGGCCAGCUUUACUGCUGACAAGUGAUGGUCCUAUGAUGAUCAAAGGGGUUGCUCAGUUCAAAUAAAAAUGGAUCUACUAUUGCUGUUUUGUACAUUUUCUUCAAUGAUACGACAGAACAUUGCAUACAUGCAGUUAUUUUACUGUCUUCUUAUAAUGUGUGACUAUCAGUUCAAUAUGAAUAGAAGUCGAAAAAAUAUAAAAAUAAAUACAUGUAUGAUGUCAAAACUACAAUGUAGAGAUAAAAUAUUUAUAGAUUGUUUGUAUAUAACUUUGCUAAAUUACUAGGUAACAUAAUUUUUGUUUUUAAAUUAAACAAUACAAUACCAUGUA